GAUAAGGUUUUAUUCUACUCUUCAUGCCCCCGAAAAGCACUCAUUGACUCGUCUAGCAGGCACCGGCAUCGCACGUCUGGCCACUGCCAUUCUUUGUGGCUGCUAUCUACUCGUGGUUUAUGCGCAGGUUCAUUCCCACUGUCAAAUUCACCUUUUACUACCUUUUCACGACCGAGCGAUCCAAUGACUCUCACAAAGUUCGCCUCUUUCGUUUUGGUAUACCCAUUGUCAUGAAGAAGACGCUACGGAUGGUCAGCACCGAGGCGGAUGCUCUACGAUUCUUGAAUGCAACCUGCCCUGACCUGCCAAUACCCCGACUCCUCGAUUCAUUCGUGGUCGGAGAAGCCACGUAUACCAUCAUGACCAAGCUGCCGGGGGACAAUCUGUUGGACCGCUCCCUACCUUCGGACCAAUUAGAAGUGGUGGCCAAACAAGUCCUGGAUUUCUUGCAUCAGCUGUGGCAGAUUGAGCAACCAGGUAACUGCAAAGGGCAAGUUAUGCGUAGCGCAAGUGGUCAUGGGCUACCUAAUCCUAUGACUCUCCAUUCCAACCUCAGCAACACAUUUCCUUCGACACUUCAUUGUUACGCUCUCAUGAACUUCAAAGAUCUGGACCAUUUCGUCGCGGACACGGCUCCUGCCACUCUCGAGCAUCUCGCAAAUGACCAGGUGUGCUGGGUACAUACCGAUUUGCGGCUCCAGAACAUUUUGGUGCUGGACGGCCGACUGAGUGGGAUCGUUGAUUGGGAGGAUUCGGGAUGGUUACCCCGCCACUGGCAGCUGCAUAUGUUCCGCAAUGUAUACAUGCAUGGUGUUACAUUCGAAUGGUGGGCCUUGUGGAAAAAGGAACGCAUGCGUUUUGAUGAAGCGGUAGAAGCAGUAUACAAACUGUCUACCGACCUGAUCACGUACUCAUUAUAAUGACAGAACAGGAGGGUGAUAUUGGUGGACGAGGGACUGAUAAAAAAGGGUCAGGAAAUUAUUAUCAGCCUGGGUACUCAUGGUCUUGAUCUUCGUUUCGAC